AUGCAGGCUUUCCGUCGCAACACUCUUUCUGCUCUGCAGAACGCUUCCAAGCAGCGCCGCACCUACGUUGGUGCCAGCUCAGCAUAUGCUUCGACAAUCGGCAACCUUCGCAUAAACUCCGAUACCAAGGUUAUCUACCAGGGCUUCACUGGUAAACAGGGAACAUUCCAUGCCGAGCAAGCCAUCGCAUACGGCACCAAUGUUGUUGGUGGAACAAACCCCAAGAAGGCUGGAUCGCAACAUCUCGAUCGACCUGUCUUUGCUACCGUGAGCGAUGCCGUGAAGGAAACUGGUGCUACAGCCUCGGCCAUCUUCGUUCCCCCACCGCUGGCCGCUGCGGGUAUUGAAGAGGCUAUUGCAGCUGAGAUUCCUCUUGUUGUUUGCAUUACCGAAGGAAUUCCUCAACAUGAAAAAUCAUCUAAUCCCAGUUUCUUAGACAUGGUGCGCAUCACGGACAUCUUGAAGACACAAAACAAGACUCGCCUGGUCGGCCCUAACUGUCCCGGUAUCAUUGCUCCGGGCCAAUGCAAAAUCGGUAUCAUGCCUGGCUUCAUCCACAAGCGCGGUCGUGUUGGUAUCGUCUCUCGUUCCGGCACCCUCACAUACGAGGCCGUCAACCAGACUACUCAGGCUGGCUUGGGUCAGUCUCUCGUCGUUGGUAUCGGAGGCGAUCCUUUUUCGGGCACCAACUUCAUUGAUUGCUUGAAGAUCUUCCUCGAGGACGAGGAGACUGAUGGCAUCAUCAUGAUCGGUGAAAUUGGUGGCAGCGCUGAGGAGGAUGCCGCCGAGUUCUUGAAGACCGAGAACAAGAAGAACAAGCCAGCUGUCAGCUUCAUUGCCGGUAUCAGUGCUCCCCCCGGCCGACGAAUGGGUCACGCUGGUGCCAUCGUGAGCGGUGGUAAGGGUGGUGCUGAUUCCAAGAUCUCUGCUCUUGAGGCUGCUGGUGUUAUCGUGGAGCGAAGUCCCGCUUCCCUCGGCAAGACUCUUCUCGGCGAGUUUGUCCGACGCGAUCUUAUUUAA